AUGGGAGCACGUUACGAGCAGGAGCCUACCGUGGCGUCGCAGGCUCACAAGGACCAGAACGAGAAAGCAUCUGCUGUGGUCAACUCGCCAGCCUCAGACGACACCGUGGAUUCCAAUACCCAGCAAGGCCAAACAUCCCGACGCACAGGCUCGAUAAUCACUAUCUUCGGUGCCGCCAUUGCUAACCUUUCCGAUGGCUACCAAAAUGCCCUCACAUCUUCCACCAAUGUCAUCUUCGCUCAUCUCCUGGGUCGAAAAGUCUACACUACAGGUAUCCAGACCCGGAUCUCCAAUGCCCUCCUCGUGGGCGCCGUCAUCGGCAUCCUGGUAUUUGGAUUUUUAGCCGACAAAUUCAGCAGGAAGGGCGGCAUGCUGGUCACCAGUGGACUGGUCGUUGUGGGUAGCUUGAUGGCCACCUUGACAUUUCAGGUCGAGGGAGGCGCGACGGCGAUGCUGUGGUUCCUGACCGUGGCCAGAGGCGCGGCUGGUGUGGGUGUUGGCGGCGAGUACCCUACCUCUGCUGCUGCCGCCUUGGAAAGCAGCAAUGAGUUUUUCGAUUCCGAGCGCGGUCCGAUCCAGGUAGUCAUCUCGACUCUGAUGGCCACGUGUGGGUCACCGCUGUGCACUUUCAUCUAUCUGAUGGCUCUGAUCGGCAGCAACGAUAACUUGCUGGUGGCGUUCCAUGCAAUGUACAGUAUUGCCAUCUUCCUCCCGCUCUUCGUGAUCUUCGUUCGCUGGCGGAUGCAAGACGGCAAGCUUUUCGAGCGCAACAACUUCCGACACCGCAAGUUCCCAUGGAUACUGUUCUUCAAAACGUACUGGCGCCGCAUCAUCGGGACCAGCGCUGCAUACUUCCUGUAUGACUUCAUCAACAUCCCGAACGCAACCAUGUCCGGCGAGAUCAUCGACUCCCUCGUCCCAGGCAAGAGCAUCCGGACCGUCGCCCUCUGGCAGCUCUACCUAGCCCUGAUGCCAGUGCCCGGCGUCCUGCUGGGUGCAUACCUUGUCAACCGCAUCGGCCGCCGCUGGACCGGCAUCCUAGGCGUCACUCUCGGCUACACUGUCCUCGGCUUCAUCAUCGGCGGGCUCUACGACCGCUUGACAUCUCAAUCCAUUCCUGCGUUCGUGGUCCUGUACGGCCUACUGCAAGCAUUCGGGCAUAUGGGUCCCGGCGCUACGAUCGGCUUGAUCUCUGCUGAGGCGUUCCCGACUGGCGUGAGGGGCGUUGGGUAUGGGAUAGCGGCUGGAUUUGGGAAAGCUGGGUCAGCUGUUGGCACACAGAUCUUCACACCGCUCAAGGUGGCUGCUGGGCCGGAGAGUACGUUCUACUUGGCUGCUGGAGUGGGAAUACUGACUUCGGUGAUAUACUACUUCUUGCCCGAAGGCCAGAACACGGAUCUUGGAGAGAUGGACGAGGACUUUGAGAAAUUGGUUGCGGGUGACAGUAGAGAGUAA